AUGGAAGACCCUUCGAGGUAUUCGCAUAGUCGCGAGGUCGUCGCCGGGGUAUCCGAUGGCCAUAGCGACAGAUCGCACGCCCAGAGGAAUGCGAAAGAUCCAAGUGGAGAAAGUAUGGAUCUGGUCAGUACAAAUCAGUUGGUAAACACGGAAUCGAUUCGUUUCUUCUCGUUUCUGAAUUGGUAUCACGAAGAUCUGGUGGUGGUUGCACAUGGUGGAGGUGAUCGAAUCGUGAAGAUCUGUGUGAAGUCUGGUGAGAUCACCGUCCUCCAUAAGUGUGACAACCGUGUCGUUUGGAUGGGGGUCCAUCCAGUAUCGAACAUUUUGAUUAUGGCUACAGCGGAAGGAAGAUUUCAAGAAGUACUGAACGAUGGUGAAAUUCAAUAUAUACAAUCCCUUCCAUCAGCCGAUAAGUAUGAUGUGAAAUUCGCUAAGGAACAUAUGUUGGUGUUGACACCGGAUUUUGAGCUCUAUGCUGACGAUCGGCUUAUUUCUGAUUCAGUGACGUCAUACUUGGUUUCGGAAGAUACUUGUCUCUACAUUAGUUUGCAGCACAAAUUACAUUUGGUGUCACUGACGGAUCGGCGACAGCUGGAUAAAGAGCGAGCCGUGGAGCUUGGAAGCAAACUCAUCGCUUGUUCAACAUCCAGUACAAGUGUAACAAUGCAAAUGCCACGAGGCAACCUUGAAACUAUUCAUCCACGACCCUUCGUGAUACGUGUGAUCAAAGAAUUGAUCGACAAAUUGGAGUACAUGAAAGCCUUGAAAGAAAUGAAGAAGCAUCGCAUUGACAUGAACCUCCUCGUUGAUUACAGGCCAAAUGUAUUUCUCGAACACAUUGGUGACUUUAUAAGGUCGGCUAAAGAUCCGGAUCUAGUGAAUCUCCUAAUCGCGGCCCUGAAUAAUCAGUGCAGUGAAUGGUGCGAUGGAGUGCCUAUGGACGAUAAGGUGAAUUGCAUCACGGAUCUGCUCACCAAGGAAGUGGUGUCCUUACCUCAUGAGCGUCGCAUACAUAUGCUCGUUGUCGCCUUGUCCGCACUUUUGAAAGCAACGCCUCAGCGAGUCCAGGAAGCCCUACGUCUCAUCAUUGAACACACAAAUGAGCUUCCAACUGAGAAACGCGACAUCUACUUGCGAAAAUGGCUUCACCACGUCGGAUUUUUUGUGAAACAAACAGAACUUUUCGAUGCUGCACUGUCAACUUAUGAUCUGUAUCUCACUGCACAGGUUGCCGAGGCUACGAAUCGUGAUCCAAAAGAAUACAUCCCAUUGCUGAAUGAGCUGCUGAAGGUCGAACCCGAAAACUAUCGGAAGUACCGUGUAGACGUUGUUCGUGGUGAUUGGCGAGGUGCACUCCAACAUCUGUCUCGACUUGAUGAGAAAUGGAACGAAGCUUUAACGUUGAUCCGGAACAAACAGCUCUAUUCAUCGGCAUUGGUGAUUUAUAAAGGAACAUCGAGAUAUAAGGAUGUCUGCUUACUGUAUGCCGGCGUUUUGGAAUCAAAAGCUCAAUGGCGGGAAGCUGCUGUGUUGUACGAUAAAGCUGAUUGCAACGAGAAGGUUUUACGCUGUCUGGAAAUGUCUCGCGAUGUCAAUCAAUACGUGCAUCGAGCACGUGCUACGAACGUUCCGAAGGACGAGUUCAAGUCGACUUUAAACCGAAUUGGCGCAGUGCUGAAGGGUUCAGGUCGAUGGACGGAGGCAGCCAAAGCUCUGGAAUUCGCCGAAGCUCCUGUACCCUCCGUUUGUGAAGCCUAUGCAAAAGCCGGAGAAUGGAUAAGUGCUGCCGAGUGCGCAAAACGUGGCGAAGGUUACAAUAUGGUGACCGAUCUAGUUAAACAACGAGCACAAGGGAUCCUCGAUGAAAUAACCGCAAAAUCGGAGGAAAUCGAGAGGUACGCUAAACGUCUUGAAGUGGUCAGAUCUCUUAAGGAAGAACGUAUAUCGAGAAUCAAAGAUGGUCUGGAAAGUGGGCGAGAUCUAGAGGACAUAGAUGUGUUCUCGGAUGCGGGCAGCACAAUGAGUAUGGUAAGCAGACGAUCGACUAAGAGUGGAAUGAGUCGUGCAAGUACAACAGCUACUGUACGCAAGAGAAAACAGAUUGAUAGGAAAAAACAAUCGUUGAAAGAAGGUGGUGAAUACGAAGAUUCCGCUCUGCUACUUGCCAUUGCUGCUCAUUACAAGUGGAUCAACGACACAAUUGCUGAAUUGGUGGAGCUGUUGCCGGCGUUGGUCAUUACUGAUCAGUUAGAGCUUGCUGGCUCGUUACAAUCUAAUAUGGAUCGUUUUAUUCGUGAUGCUAUUUCUCGACGACCGCACAUUUGGCCGACAAAACUGCAUUCUCGACAUUUGCCAGGACCUCUGUAUGCUCUUUAUACUGUAGAUGAUGUAUUUGUUUUCCCAGAAGGCGGUGGAAUGCCAGGAGUUGUUACACUUGAACCUGAAAUGAUUGCACCAACGUUAAACACAGAGAUUAAAUGGAAGCUACAAAUUUUGGAAGAGAAAACUGAUCUCAAAUGA